AUGUCCUUUGAAAAUGCGGCGCACAGGUCAACAAGAAGAAAGCAUGCAUGGCACGUCUCGACGCUCGGCGCUCGGCGCUCGGCGCUCGGCUCUCACUUGUACGAAUGUUGUAUGCGCGUGCGUACGAGCGUGAGGCAGGUGCUUGCCUUACUGGUCAGAACGGGUGGUUGGUGCAGCCCAGAUGUUAUCAAAGCUAGGCUCGUGAAGUGCCUGGCUUUGGAAGACGCAUACUGUGCAUUCGCAUCGGGUGUUGUCCCGGAAGACGCGUACUAUGUAUGCGCAUCGGGUGUUGUCCCGGAAGACGCGUACUAUGUAUGCGCAUCGGGUGUUGUCCCGGAAGACGCGUACUAUGUAUGCGCAUCGGGUAUUAUCCCGGAAGUCGUGUUCUCUGAACACGCGUCAGGCUGCAAUGACGAAAACCCUGACGGUGUGCUCUACGACUAUGCUGAUCCCACUAAUGUUUUGAGUACGAACGGGACCGAAACAAACAAAAACGGCGGUCAAACGGUCGCCACCUCUACUGCUGUUUCCGAUGAAGAGGUCCCAGGUGCCGCCGAGGACGGCGCACGUUCAGGAGUGGCCGUG